AUGGGUCUCACUAGGGAUUCGCGCCACAAGAGGGCCGCCUCGGGCGCCCGCAGAGCUCACUACCGGAAGAAGAGAAAGUUCGAGCUCGGUCGUCAGGCCGCCAACACCCGUAUCGGUGCCAAGCGGAUUCACACUGUCCGCGUGCGCGGUGGUAACAUCAAGCACCGGGCUCUUCGUCUCGAGAGCGGUAACUUUGCAUGGGGCUCAGAGCACAUCACGGCCAAGACCCGUAUCCUUCAGGUCGUUUUCAACGCCUCGAACAACGAGUUGGUCCGCACCAACACCCUUGUCAAGAACGCCGUCGUUCAGGUCGAUGCCACCCCCUUCCGUCAGGCGUACGAGAAGCACUACGGUCAGUCUGUGACCACCAAGCGCCGCGCUGCCGGCCAAGGUGCGCUCGAGGAGGUCGAGGCUCAAAAGAAGAGCCGCGCUGUUGAGCGCAAGCUGACAGAGCGCAAGCAGUCGGCCAAGAUCGACACUCUGGUUGAGCAGCAAUUCGGCGCUGGCCGUCUCUACGCCGUCAUUUCUUCGCGUCCCGGUCAGAGCGGCCGUGCUGACGGGUACAUUCUCGAGGGAGCCGAGCUCGAGCACUACGUCAGGAGACUGAAGAGCACAAAAGCCAAGCACGGUUAAG